CCCGCAAACCACUUUCGGCUCACCACAACGUCAACGCAGGAACGCCGUGGCCCAAAAACCACCGUUGCCUCAACAUCCCGACGUCUCCCGCACCGCACCGCACCACAUCCGUCCGAGGUUACACCCCGAUACACCCACGGGAACAACUUUUGGGAGCGGCCAUUCUUUACCUCAACCCACUCAAUGACCGGAUGACGGAACAAUGGCAUCUCCCGAAGAACCUGCGUCCGUGUCUGCCCCGGUAAACACCAACACGGACGCCAGCAAAACCGUCGUUCGCGGCGCCUCCCUCCUCAUCAUCCUCCAAAUCGGCUCCCGCGCAGUCACUUUCAUCGCAAACCAGCUUCUCCUCCGCUUCCUGACUGCCCGCCUUCUCGGCGUUUCGACUCAAUUGGAGGUCUACUACCUUUCGGUCCUCUUCUUCGCCCGAGAAUCCCUGCGCGUUGCCGUCCAGCGCCAGGAAACUCAAGGCAACGCCGCAGGCCAUUCCUCCGACAGCAAAAAGGAUGACGACCCGAAAGCUCGCAUAGGUCGAGAGAGCCAGGCCGUGGUCAAUUUGGGCUACCUCGCCGUCCUCCUAGGCUUCUUUGUCACCAUCGGCCUCGGAUGGCUGUACCUCUCCUCUGUCGACUCGUCCACCGCCCAGACGCCAAACUUCCUCCUGGCCCUCCGCCUCUACGCCCUAGCCGCCAUCCUUGAACUCCUCUCGGAACCCUGCUUCGUUCUCAUGCAGACACGCCUACGCUUUGGCACCCGCGCCACCGCCGAGUCCAUCGCGACCUUCCUCCGAUGCACCGUUACCUUUGCCACCGCCUUCUGGGCCUCCAGGGCUGGCGUCGAAUUCGGCGUGCUCCCCUUCGCCGUCGGUCAGCUCUCCUACGGCGCAAGUCUGCUGGUGGUCUAUCUCUGGUCCGCAUCCCGACUCGCCCGCGCAGAUGGCUUCUCCAUUCUCCCAAAGAGUCUCGCUUCCACUUUUAACGGCGGCGGGGAAGACUACCUCGCCUCCUACUUUUACCGUCCCACCGUCAGUCUGGCCUCCAGCAUGACAGCCCAGAGCCUCGUCAAGCACGUCCUCACCCAGGGCGACACCUUUCUCGUCUCGGUCCUGUCUACGCCCAAAUCCCAGGGCGUCUACGCGCUGGCCAGCAACUACGGAGGUCUCUUGGCUCGUCUCGUCCUCCAGCCCAUCGAAGAGAGCAGCCGCAGCUACUUCAGCCGUCUGCUCUCCUCUCACGACGCAAAGACCAAAUCGUCACCAUCCACCAAGGAUACGGCAGCAACAACCACGGCAAGCCAGCACCUUCACACCCUCCUCAAAUUCUACAUCCUCCUCUCCUCCAUCAUUGUGAGUAUCGGCCCCGUCGCCGCGCCGCCGCUCCUCUCCCUCGUCGCAGGCCAACGCUGGGCCUCCGAGGGCGCAGGCGACGUCCUGGCCGUCUACUGCUACUACCUACCCCUCCUCGCACUCAACGGCGUAUCCGAGUCCUUUGUCGCCUCCGUCGCCUCCGAGGCCCAGGUCCACCGCCAAUCCGCCUGGAUGGGUGCCUUCUCCGUCGCCUUUGGCUCGGCCGCCUUCUUCUUCAUGCGCGUCAUGGACCUCGGCGCCCAGGGUCUCGUCUACGCAAACUGCAUCAACAUGCUGUGCCGCAUCGUGUGGAGCCUCGCCUUCACCAAGUCGUACUUUGCAGGGUUGGAAACGCCGUUUGAACUCUUUUCGCUGCGGCCUAACGCCGUGACCUCUAUCGUCUGUCUAUCGGCGUCGCACCUCAUCAGGAGGGUCGCCGGGGUUGCCUCGGCGGGCGUGUCUACUUCCCCGUUCAAGGACCUCAUCGCCAUCGGCCUAGCCGCCGUUCCCGUCGUACUUUUGAUACUCUUUGCCGAACGCAGAUUUCUCCUGCAAUGUUACAACUCGGCACGCAAGCCAAAGACAGCAUAGACAUAACUACCUCAGGGUGGGAAACAAAACACGUAGAAAUCCUCCCGAGAAGUAAAGAAAUUAGUAACAAAUCAGUCAAACGUAAUCUUGGUCGCCUUCUUCGUCAUGUCAACGUCCUUGAAAAAGGCGCCGUAGGUGCUGUGAGCCUUCUUCUUGACGGUGGUGCCGAACUUGAAGAGAUCAUCGGGAACCUCUUGCUUGGCACCCUUGAGAAUGUUGAUCAAACUAGUCACUUUGUUAGCAUCCAUCUUUAAACUGAUUCCGUUUUCUUUUCGGAACACAGC